GAAUGCAAGCUGAGUUCGGGUGACUUGAAUUGACUUGACACGCUGUGUCGUGAAGGACAGUAAGAAUACAGUAUACUCCUUGAUGUGACGGUGUAUUCAGACUGUCCCUUAUGUCACGGCACUCCAAGACAAUUCAAGCCACGUGAUUUCAACUUGCAUUGCUGUCCUCAGCUGUUCUUUUCACGGGAAUUGGGGUCUGCGCGAUAUGAUUUUCAGGUCUUUGUACACGCGAAGUGCACAUAAACAAUCCGGCAGCUUUUCUACGUGGAUGCUGGACUCCACAUUUGUACGAAAAUGACAUAAGUGGUUUUCAGCUUUCAGGUAUAGCUUGUGUGUUAGAGAAGGGAGACAGAAGUGCAAAACUACUCAAGGAAAAUGCGUGGACCUGAAAAAAUUUCAUUACUUGGUAGAGAAGGGGAAUUUCACACACUAUACAAGAAGUUUGAGGAAGAAGAAUCUGCAUUUCAUGUUUUGGAAAAUCUUGUCAUCAGUCUUUUUUUCAUUUAUUACGUCAAACUGCACCGAGAAUUACUAAAAGGAACACCGUUACGAGCUGCCAUAACAUUCAGUACAAGUUUUGCGCAGUGGUAUGGCUUCCUCAAUAUCUUAAUCUUCAAGAUAUAUAGUUUUCAUUUACAUAUUUACUUGUCUUUCAAUCGUUCGAGUUCCUUAUUUGUACUGGGGUUAGCUAGUGAAACUACAUAAAUAUUGCCCAUUGAUGCUUGUAAAUUUUUUUUUACAGAUAAUUCAUAGAGCUAGUUAACAAUAAACGCAAUUUAGAAUGUUUUGACGGGACAGGACGUGACUUGAUGUGACGACCAGUGUGAAUUGCUCUUUUGGAUAUCGCCAUUUGAAAUGUACCGGUAUUGUGGAAUGUUUUGACGGAACGUGAUGACCAGUCUUAAUUGGCCUUUACUUUUUUAGUGGUUUAGGAGUUGACGUUAUAAAGAGACUGUCUGCUGAGGAAAGUGCACGAAUUGAGACCAAUUUCCAGAGGAACAGGAUAUCUGGUGCAGUUGGUGCUAUCGACUGGACAAACAUUACAGUACACAAUCCUCCAAAAGAUCCCCAGGUGAUAUACACCUGCUGCUGCUGCUAUACAUAUCAGAUGUUGAUCCAACCAGAAAUGGGACAAGAACUGUUUAAGCAAAUCAAACACGAAGCACGGGUUUCUAUGCUUGUUUCUUGCGCUUGAAAAUAGCUCUCUGGCAGGUCCUUGAACGAACCUACAAAGAUUUUCCACUAUGUUUUCCAUAUAUUUUUAAUGUAGAAUGUACUAUCUUUGCUUGGUAAUCUUUGAAAGUUGAAAGCGUCUGGCUGUCUGUCAACAUUGUGGCAUGGUUGUGAUUGAGUUCUGUUAGUUUACGAUCGUAAAAUGAGGAAUCUUUCGGUUUCCCGUCAUAUUGCAUUAAAUAUUCCUGAAAGUAAUGCGUUUUCACAGUUUACUGUAGAUGUAGCUACAGGUGACAUCUUAGGAUAUAGUGAGAAGACAGUGUAUAAAUUGUCUGCUAAGAGCGGUGAGAUAGAAUGUUUUCUCAGUUUGGAAGAACUCGGUCAUUUGACCACAUGUUACGAUAUCAUAGGCAUGAACGUAAAUUCUGUCAGCGAAGAAGUUUGCUUGGUGCUAGCCAGCGGUGACAUAUUAACAGUAGAAAGUUACUCCAAGGAAGUGGAAUGUGUCGGAAGUGUCGACAGUGGGGUAUCUGCAGUUCAGUGGAGUCCCGACGAAGAAAUGAUAGUUCUUGUCACCGGGAAAGAAAGCAUUAUUACUAUGACUGGAUCAUUCGAUCCUGUUAAUGAAGUGGAUUUUCACGAUGAUGGUUUCGGCGAAAAGCAGUUCAUAACAGUCGGCUGGGGGAAGAAAGAAACACAGUUUCAUGGUUCAGAAGGGAAGGCAGCAGCUAGAGCAGAAGAGAAACCUGUUGUUCCGUCGGAAGGUGAUGAUAGAGUUCCCAGAGUGAGUUGGCGAGGCGAUGGCAGUCUUUAUUGUGUUAGCUUGUUGCACCGUAACAACUUUCGCCAAAUAAAAAUUUUUAAUCGUGAAGGUGUUUUGCAAUACACAAGUGAGUACGUACCUGGUCUGGAAAUGAGUCUUGCAUGGAGACCUUCGGGUAAUUUGAUAGCAUCCACACAAACACUACCUAAUAAACACCAGGUAAUAUUUUUCGAAAAAAAUGGUCUACGACAUGGUGAAUUUUCGUUGCCAUUCGCCCCACAGGAAGUGUACAUACCUUGGCUAUCGUGGAAUUGUGAUUCAGACGUGCUGGCCGUAUUAUGUAAGAAGAAAAAUUCCGGUCAGUCAUUUCUGCAGCUCUGGACAAGCAACAAUUAUCAUUGGUAUCUCAAACAAAACUUAUUGUUUGAUGACAAUGAACUCAACUUUAAAGUCCAGUGGGAUAUCGAAAUCAGUUUACGUCUGCAUGUAUGUCAGGGAUCGAGAUAUAUGCGGUAUGAUUUUUCCUGGGGGACAGAUUAUAGUUCCAUAUAUUGCAGUGAUGCAGAUGUUGCUGUUAUUGAUGGAGAAAAAUUGUUGUUAACAUCAUUUCGGAAUUCAGUGAUACCUCCUCCAAUGUGUGGAGAAACACUCACAUUGCCAGCUGCUAUUAGCACUGUAAUAUUUUCUUCAAGCACAUUACACAAGCUUUGUGUGAUAAUGUGUAAUGGUGACCUAGCUAUAUUCGGGAGAGAAAAAGUUAAAAAUGAACAUGUACUCAUCAGUAUGGGGCAGUUGUUAUGGGAAUGUGAAAGUCCAGGCAUAAAACACUGUCUGAAUAUGCAUCAUUGGCUUUGGCUUACCGAUGAAGUUCUUUUAAGUACUGUCUCUGUGGGACGUACAUCAGUGCUCAUUAAUAUCAGCUUGUUGGAUGAUGGAAGUAUUGUAACCAGGAAAACAUUGAAUAUACCUGGAAGCAUUGUAUCCCUUACUAAAUUAUGUACAAGUUCAGGUGCAUUAAUUCAACUGUCUGAUGGGCAAAUGUUAAAAUACCUACCAUCCGAGAAUAAAACGGAACAAUUUGGGAGAGCAAUGCCAGAGCCCUGCACUGUGAUGCUGACGUGCACUGUUGGUGACACGGAAUGCGCUCUGGGACUCACGAACCGUGGUAAUUUGUAUGUGACUAGUGAAGAUCGUGAUCCAGCACUUGUCUCUAGUGGUAUCACAUCUGUUUUUGUGUUACCAAAAUUUCUUCUAAUGGUUACAUCACAACAUACGUUGUGUUGUGUUAAACUGGAAAAUUUUGACUGUUUACUGCGUGCUCAGCAUGAAAAGGGUGGCAGACGGGUGGAAAGAGGUUCACGAAUUGUGGUGGCUGUUGAUACUCGUGUUGUUCUGCAGAUGCCACGUGGAAAUUUGGAGACAGUUACACCACGAACAUUAGUGUUAGAUGUUGCAGCUCGGUACUUGAAUGCUGCUAACUACAGUUCUGCAUUUGAACUGUUUCGUAAGCAGCGAAUAAAUCUGAAUCUUUUGUUUGACCAUGAUCCAGAGAGAUUUUUAUCCAACAUUGACAAUUUUGUGGAGGAUUUGCACAAUCCCUCAUGGUUAUCAUUAUUCCUCUCUGAAUUGUCCAGUGAGGAUGUAGUGCAAACAAUGUAUGCAGCUUCGUAUAGCGGAGGAAGCACAAGAAAGGUGUUUGAUGAUAAGGUUAAUCUGGUUUGUGACAAGAUACGUGAGGCUAUCCAGAAGCGUGAUGAUGCUUCACUUUAUCUUUUCCCCGUCCUGACAAGUUAUGUGCGUAAAAACAAUAAAGAUGAUCUCGCAUGUGCACUGAAAGAAGCUAAGGCUUCUAAGCACAUAUCUGUUGAUGAAGCUCUUAAAUAUUUAUUUUAUAUGGUCGAUGUAAAUGAGAUGUACAACAUUGCACUUGGUCUUUACGACUUUGACCUAGUAACAUUAGUUGCAUCAAAGUCAACAAAAGACCCUAAGGAAUACCUCCCAUUCCUGAAUGAGUUACGCAGAUUGGAACCAAAUUACCAAAAGUAUACCAUUGACAAAUAUUUAAAACGGUACAAAUCAGCACUAUCUCAUAUUUCAAAAUGCCCAGAGCAUUUUGAUGAGUGCUUAGAACUAAUAAAGACACACAAAAUGUAUUCUGAGGCCCUACAGCUUUUUAAUAAGUCUAAUGAUCUUUACUGCAAAGUAGCUGAGGCCUAUGCUGAUUAUCUCAUAGGAGAGCAUAAAUUUCAUGACGCAGGAAUAAUGUAUGAACGUAGCAAGAAAAUGGAAAAGGCACUGGAUGCUUACCAAAGGUCUCUGGAUUGGCAGGAGGCUUCCAUUGUGCUGUCCCAGCUGAAUUACAGUGAGAGCCAGGAAGCAGAUUUUUGGCGAAACAUGGUUGCAGAUUUGGUAUCAAAUCGGCGUUACACAGAUGCUGCCUGUGUUCUAAAAGAUUUCUUGAAUGAUGCUGAGGAAACUGUUGCUGUUCUGACACAAGGUCACUGUUGGUGUGAGGCUGUACGGAUAUCGUACCAGAGCAAAAGGCCUGACCUAUUAGAAACACAUGUAAAACCAGGAAUUCUGGAGCAUAAGGAUCAUAUUGUUCAUCAACUAAAUAAUGCAAGUAAAAGUUUCACCACAUACAAAGCUCGAUUAGCAGUUGUUAGAGAAGAAAAAAUUAAACUGAAGGAAAACUUUGAUGAUGCUGAUGAAGAAAUCAAUGUACAUCCUGAAAAUGAACUGUUCUCUGACACCAGUAGCAUAGCAGCUUCGACUCUGAGAACAUCUAGGACAGACUCUAAGGCUUCCACGCGUAGUAGCCGAUCGAGUAAGAAUCGCCGCAAACAAGAACGGAAAUUACUCAGUUUAAAAGAAGGCAGCAAGCAUGAAGAUCUAGCACUGGUUCAGGCCUUGCAUCAGCAGAUCACAGUUUGUCUUAAUUUAAAGGAUGAUGUUGGAAUGUUGUGCAAAAUGCUUCUAAGAUUUGGCAGAGACGCUGAUGCUGCCGCUUUGCAACAUUUGCUUGAUUCAGUGCUGAGUGAAAUGCAGCGUAGCACAGACGAAAUCUGGUCGGCCGAUCUGCUAUUGCAACCUGUCAGGAGCUUUGGACCAGAUGCAACAACGAAUAGCAUCAUCGAGUCAUUCAAUGCAGGUGUUUCUUCUGGAACGAACCUUCAUUUGCUAGAACCCCAUGUCAGAUAUCCUCCCACAAUGACAGGUUCUCAGUGGAAGCUUCAGAUCUUGGAAAAUAAUGCUUGAGUGUUAAUUUAUGUAUGGUAACUGUAAAUAAAUUAUUUUUCAUUUAAUUCAUUAAAUUAGCUAUUUUUGAUAUUU